AUCAAAAUUCAAAAUAUAAGCUUUUGAGAGGUAUAGCCAUUAAUAUUACUUUUUUCCCUAUAGAGAAAGAAGAGAGAGAGCUAGCCAUGGCUUCGGAAAAGAGCAAGAUUCUGAUAUUUGGUGCAACUGGGUAUCUUGGGAAAUACAUGGUUAAAGCAAGUGUUUCUGCGGGUCACCCAACUUUUAUCUAUGUCCGACCCAUCAAACCCAAUACCGAUCCUUCUAAGCUUCAGCUUCACAAAGAGUAUGAAUCCAUGGGAGUCACCAUAUUCCAAGGUGAAUUGGAGGAGCACGAGAAGCUUGUCGACGUGCUCCGGCAAGUGGACGUGGUGAUAUCUACUUUGGCUGCUCCUCAACACCUUGAACAGUUCAAGAUCAUCAAAGCCAUGGAAGAGGCUGGUAAUAUCAAGAGAUUUGUGCCAUCCGAAUUUGGAAACGAAGUAGACAGAGUGAGCGGUUUGCCGCCGUUUGAGGCACUGUUGGAAAACAAGAGGAAGGUGAGAAGAGCGACGGAGGCGGCCGGAAUUCCAUUUACUUACGUGGCGGCCAAUUCUUUUGCUGCUUAUUUUGUUGAUUAUUUGCUUCAUCCCGGUGAAAAAAUCCAAGAAGUCAUUGUCUAUGGAUCCGGUGAAGCCAAGACGGUUUUGAAUUAUGAGGAAGAUGUGGCUGCGUACACAGUAAAAGCAGCAACAGAUGAGAAGGUAGCCAAUAGGGUGAUGGUUUACAGGCCACCAGGGAAUAUUGUCUCUCAAUUGGAUCUCAUCUCUUCCUGGGAGAAAAAGACUGGACUUACCCUCAAGAGAACACAUGUUCCUGAAGAGGAAAUCAUCAAGCUCUCUGAAACUUUACCUUUCCCAGACAAUAUACCAGUUGCUAUACUUCACAAUAUAUUCAUAAAAGGAGAUCAGACAAGCUUUGAACUCACUGAAGAUGACUUGGAAGCUUCUAGGUUAUAUCCUGAUUACAAGUAUACUUCUAUUGAUGAAUUCCUUGACAUUUGCUUGGUUGCCCCUCCCAAGCCCAAACUAGCAGCAUUUGCAUGAGUUUUCUACUUUAUUCAUUUUCAUUACCUAGCUAAUUUCCUACACAUAUUAUACAUAAUUUUGUAUCCUUUUGAGGAAUAUGGGUAAUGUUUUUUGACUUGUUGUAUGCGAAUUACUUGUGUCAUACUCCUGUCACACUCCACUAGAGAGUCUAUGUGAAGAAUAAUAUCAUCUUUGCUUUUCAA